UUGAUCGAUUGUUCUGACUUAACGACAUUCGAUAAUUUCUGUUUGCGAUUGUUACAAAGAGUAUCUUUUUGAAAUAGGCUAUAAGAAAGAAAGAAAAGAAUGUCAACGCUAGCCAAGCUCACCUUCGGGACAUGUUGUCUAGUAUCUUUCAGUAUAAUAGGAUAUGUACAUUAUAAACAACAAUAUGACAGAGAACAACUUCAUGAGGGUGUAUUGCGAGAUAUCGAACGACAACAGCGCCGAAAAAUAGAAAAUAUCUAUAAUCUUCAACAACAAAUUGAUUUGACUAAAAAGUUGCGGAAACAUGAAGACAAUUCUUAAUUUACGCUUCUUCUCAAACAUUAUUAUUUAUGUUUUUAAUUGAAAUAAAAAGGUGUACAAAAAGGUGUA